AUGAAGCAAUAUAGAUAUUUCUAUAAUUCUAAAUGUUGUGAAAUUUCUAUAAUUAGAGAUGGAAGUGAGGAUAAUUUAAUAUUUGAUUAUGAUAAUCAUGAUAGUGAUUAUAGAGAAACUGACAAUAAAAGUGAUAAUAGUAAUAAAGGAAGUAAUAAUCAUAGUGAUAACAAUAAUGAAGUUAAAUAUGAUAUUAAUGAAUAUAAAGAACAAGAAGUUCCUGAUUAUGAGAAUGAAUAUGAAUAG